AUGCCCUCCGGUCACGGUAUGAGACCCAGGACGCGGGACCGAAACAACGUACUGAGUAGACCCGAAUUUCUGUCCCUGAACCAGCCACCCCGAGGUGGUGUCGUUCCCGCUGAGAGAGGAGGGAGCACGAGGCGACCUGGUCAAAUCAAGCACCAAACAAGCCAACCGAGUGAGGAACCUACCGAGAGUGCCAACAAGGACAGGAAAGAGUCGAACAAAAUGCCAGAAGAAGACUGUAUGCAACUGAACCCUUCGUUCAAGGGAAUAGCGAUGAAUUCCCUCCUCGCCAUUGACAUCAGCUUAUCCAAGCGCAUGGGGGUCUGUGCCUACACGUCGUCUUCUUGGGGAGGCUGCCGGUCCAUGGUCGUCCUGCUCGCACUUACGGGACACGGCGUCACGUGGAUCACUGGCACUAUCGUGUGUCUCACAAGAAGUAACACUCUGGCUGGACAAGAGGUCUUGGUCAACCUGCUGCUUGCCCUCAUACUUGAUGUCAUGACUGUAGCCGGAGUACAGAGAUUGGUCAAGCGUAGAGGACCUUGGGAAAUGACGCCAGGUUUCCUGGACUAUGUUGCCAUGGAUGUAUACUCCUUUCCUGCAGCACAUGCCAGCCGGGCAGCUAUGGUGUCCAAGUUCCUGCUGUCCCACUUGGUCCUUGCUGUGCCACUUCGUAUCUUAUUGAUCCUCUGGGCUUUCCUAGUAGGCAUGUCCCGUGUGCUGCUUGGGAAACACCACCUAACUGACACUGUGUGUGGCUUUGCCCUGGGUCUGCUCCACUUUAGCUUAAUGGAGACGGUGUGGCUGCCCUCCAGCACUUGUCAGACUCUUAUUUCCAUAGGCACCCUCAGCUGGAGCCCAUUCAGUUGA